AUGUUCUGCGUGUCAGAGUGGGCCACUUUUAUUAGGGCGCUGCCAUUUAAAGAAAACCUGAAGAAGGUCCAUAUCGAUGUCGGAUUCGACCACCUCCAGCUCCUGCCCGUUUACGCAGAGAUCGAAAGCAAUGGCUUGCAAGAAAAGGUUUCCAUCACAUUUAAGGGCUUCGCCCGCGACACUGACUUGCUGCACUGCAAGGCGAUUUCUAAUAUGGAACUUUCUGCAGGAGAACCUGAUGACUGCUUAGUAGCCGCUUUGCAUCUCUUGCCAAACUUUCAGCACGUGACUGACUUGUGCAUCGAACUGAGGUCGGGCAGCAUGACACUUUCUUUGGCACUUGCCGAAUAUUUGAUCUCGACGACUACGCUGCACAAUCUCGAGCUUAACGUCGGGUGGGACCUCGUGGUCCAACCUAAGGGACCGAGCCCGUGGUGGUCCGUCAUACACGAGUCCCUGUCUCGGAACAAGAGCCUCAGAAAGCUGAGAGUUUCCGUGUACCUGUUCAGCGCGCAGGACACCGAGGGCUUAGCAGACGCAGUCAAACGAAGUCAGAGCAUCACAUGGGUCGAGUUUAUCGAAGGGCCCAAGUGCAACGCAUCCGUCUUCGUUCGACGCCUUUCAAAGGGCUUCGCGGACAACUGGACGCUGCAGUUCGUGCUGUGCGGCUUUUUCAUAGACGCGGACGCGGCGAGAGACUGGUUCGCCGUCUGCGAGACGACGCGGAGGAACUCUGAUCUCGUCACACGAGCUGCUCGACUUAUGAUGACUUCAGAUGUAGACAGAUACGUCAUCGGAGCUUUGGAACGUGUCUCGCGGUACCCUGCCCUACUGAACGAGGUUGCUGAGAAGGCCCACAUUGACAAAUCGGAAAUCGGCGGCUUGGUGCGAGACCGCCUGAAAACAGCCGAAACCAUGGACGGAUUCAUGCGGGUCGUCGGAGUCGUCAGGGAGCGAGUCGUCUGCCAUCCGCCCGACGAAGACCGUAUGCAGCUGGACGACCUGAUCGAGGACUGCUGGAGACACGUGCGACGUUAUCUGGUGAUAGCUGACGUGAAGCAUGGCAUUAAGCAUGGUGCUGUCUCUGCUGUUAGUCAGUCUCUGACUCUGAGUUAGUACGUGUGUACGUGUUA